AUGUCCUAUAACUUCAAAUCUAUACGUCCUGUUAUGCCUGCUAAAGACAUGAUAAAUGUGAUUUUAUCUAAGACUCAAAGGAAAACACCAACAGUAGUCCAUCCUGGAUACGAUAUCUCCAGAAUUAGAGGAUUUUACAUGAGAAAAGUGAAAUUUACAUAAGAAACCAUUCACGAGAAGAUUGAUGCCAUUUUGUAAGACUUCCCAAAAUUAGAUGAUAUUCAUCCCUUCUAUGCAGAUUUGAUUAAUGUAUUGUAUGACAAGGAUCAUUAUAAAUUGGCAUUGGGACAUGUACAUGCUUGUAGGAAUGUGAUUGAUAAUAUUGCAAAGGAUUAUUGUAGAUUGCUAAAAUACGGUGAUUCCUUGUACAGAUGCAAGAUGUUAAAGAGAGCAGCAUUAGGUCGUAUGUGUACCACACUUAAAAAAUUGACCAGUUCUCUUAAUUAUUUGGAUGAAGUCAGAAAACACUUAUCCAGAAUGCCAGCCAUCAAUCCCUUUGAAAGAACUCUCUUAGUCACUGGAUUCCCCAAUGUCGGAAAGAGUAGUUUUGUAAAUAAUAUUACAAAUGCCAAUCUGGAUGUUCAACCCUAUCCAUUCACAACAUAAAAUCUAUAUGUUGGUCACUCUGAUUACAACUUUGUACGUUGGUAAGUAAUAGAUACUCCAGGAGUCUUGGAUCAUUCAUUGAGUGAAAGAAACCCAAUUGAAAUGUAAGCAAUUACAGCACUUGCACAUUUAAAGGCAUGCAUCAUGUUUUUCUUGGAUAUCUCAGAAACAUGCAGUUAUUCAAUUGAUUAAUAGAUUGCACUCUUCAAAGACUUAAAACCACUCUUCAAAAAUAAACCUUUAUUAUUAGUUAUGACUAAAAUAGAUAUUAAAAAGUUUGAAUAAUUAGAUCCAAUUGAUUAAUAAAAGUUGUAGGAUGUCAUCCAAUCUGAAAACGUGUUCUAUUCUUAAUUGAGUAACAAAUCUGGUGAAGGAAUAGCCUUAGUCAAGGAAAAAGCUUGCAAUUUAUUAAAUGAAUGGAGAUAAAAUCUUAAACCUGAAUAGUUAACAGGUGGAAAUCCAAACCUUUUAAGAGAAGAGUCAAUCCUCUAAGGAGUCUAUAUUGCUUAACCUAAAAGAGUUAAUCAAAAUAGAAUGCCAGUAAUUCCCUAAGUAGUGGGUAAAUUAAAUAGACCAACAUUGAAGGAUGUUCAAGAAUAAAAUGGUGGUGCUGGUGUCUUCUCCUUCCCAUUAUAAGAACACUUUUUGUUAGACAAUCCUGAUUGGAAAUAUGAUGCUGUACCUGAAAUCAUGGAUGGCAAGAAUAUUGGAGAUUUUGUUGAUGCUGAUAUUCUCUAAAGAUUGGAGGAAUUGGAAAAGGAAGAAGAAAUGAUGGAUUAAGCUGAAGUUGAAGAUCCAGAUGAAGAUGCUAGAGAAGACAUGUUAUUAAGUACUAGAGAUUAAGUCAACAAAAAAAGAGAGAUGAUUAAGGAAGAACAUCAUAUGAAAAUGAAACAAUAAGUUAAAUUACAUAGACCCAAUUUGGAAGAUGCAAAAGAAGAUUUUGCUAAAAAAGGAAUUGAUACUACCUUUUUAGAAUAGAGAGCUUAGAAGUUUGCUGCAAAGAAGAUUGUUUAAAAAUAGAAAAGAUAACAACAAUCAUCAGAUGAUAGCGAUGAUAAUGAUAUGGAUAUUGAAGGAAAUGAGAGAAAUCAAAGAAAAGGAAGAGAUGCUUUAUCCAGAAGUAGAAGUAGACUUAGAGAAAUCUCAAGAAGCAGAAGUAGAGGCAACAAAAAAGUCCUUACUGCUUAAGAAUAAGCUAUGGAAAGGAUGUCUAAAAAAAUAUAAAGAAGAAGAAGAAAUGAAGCUAAAGCUGGUGAUGGCGAUACUAAAAUAGAUUGCAAAAUGCCUAAGCACUUAUUUACUGGUAAAAGUGGUAUUGGAAAAUAAUCAAGACGUUGAAUUAUUUGUUGUUAAUAAUACAAUAUAAUGUUAAUAAAUCAAAUAAAA